AUGGCUUCAUCGGCGUCGUUGAAGGAUCUGUCCAAGGCGAUCGUCGCCUUCCUCGCCGAGCCAACCGCCUCACUCCCCGACGAACUGACCCAAACCAUCGACGCCUAUCUGCGCCGACACCAGAAACACGAUGAAGCUGCGGCCGAUCGCCUCCAGGAGGAGCUCUUGUCCAUUUUUGACAAGCACGUCAAGGACACGCCGGUUAUCUAUGCGCCUUGGCUGAGCAUCCUCCGACAGCUGCUGUCUGUCCUUCGAACACCAGAGCGCAUUUUUACAUGGUGGGAUUCUUGCUCAGGAAUCUUGGCCAAGGGAUAUCCAGAAAAGGGCGUUGUAGAAGAGUCUCUGGCCAUCCUCAUGGAGAUCAUGUCUAUUGCUGAGGAGAACCACGAGACUUCGGAUGCCGACCUUGCCUCCAGCCCGUUGAUCGACCGCCUUUUCACAGGGUGGAUGGAAAGGCUCUAUCCAGCUGCCACCGAAGCAGUCACCAAUCUUGAAUACAAUGAAAAGAUCACCCGGGAGGCUCUCGUUGAGUUUGGGAAGAGACAUCCCAAGUAUCGAAAGGCGGUUUUGAGAUUUCUGGGAGAUUACCUCCAAAGCCAACCUCCUCAUAUUCACCAGAUUCUCCAGACACCCUUGUUUGGUGAUAUCCUCAGAUGCCUGCAACAAGAUACCUCAACCACCCUUGUGUCGGCUGCUCUGACCGUCCUCAUCAUGCUCUUACCGCAUAUGCCUAGCUCGCUGGUCCCACAUCUUCCUACCUUGUUCAACAUUUACGCAAGAUUGUUAUUCUGGUCGCGGGAACGCGCAGGGAUAGUUGAACCACAGACUGAGGAUGCCGAUCAAGCCAGCUGGGAGGUGUUUAGUUACCAGGCCGAAAUCGAUGAUCAUCCUGUCUACCACCUUCAAAACUACUACACCGUCCUUUAUGGCUUGUAUCCUAUCAACUUCAUGGACUACAUCCGGAAGCCUCAGAGAUACUUGCGACAUGCGAACGUUGCAAACGCCAACGAUAUGGAAGUGCAACCUACAGAAAUCAGGGAUCAGUCAGAGAGAUUCCGAAGAUGCCACCUGCUUCACCCAAACUUCUACACCCUCACCAUUGACUCAGAGAAGACGGACUUUGGACGUUGGAUCAAGAGCGAAGCUCCCGAGGUCGUCGCUGAGUGCAUGGGUCUCUGCCUCACCACUGAAUCCAACCAAGUGCUUGGACAAGGCUUGCCCUCUAUUCCUGUGCCCGGAGCUGCACCGAUGAGCGAGGGGUCUGCCAAGGAUAGCCAGGAUUCAGCACUACUCAGCUUGGCGACGACUGAGAACCAGGAUGGAUAUCACCUCCCUCAGUCCGCAAGUAUGGAGUCACUAGCAAGCAGUCGACGGCCUUCAGCUUUGAUGCGACAAGGAUCUCAGUCAAGUCACCCGUCCACCCGCGAUUCAAUAGAUGCCAAGAUGAGAGAGCCGAGUGCUGAUAGUCCAACUCUACCGCCUCACCUUACACAAUCAUCGUCGCAUACGCAACUCCAGGACAUGAUCCAGUCCAACAAGGCCAUCAAGUCAGGUCUCCACCAGUCCUUGGCCAACGACAGCGUACCAUCACUAUCACUCAGUCACCAAGAAUCGGUGGCGGAGCGACCCGGCGCAUCGUUACUGGCAGCACCGCCGACAAUAAGCUCGCCUCUCUCACUAACAGAUACGAGCAGUCAAGUUGCCCACCUACAACGCCAGAUACUUCUCCUGCAAAACGAUCUCAACUUUGAAAGGUUCUUGAAGCAGCAGCACAUGGCUCACAUUGGUGACUUGCGAAGACGACAUAUGGAAGAGGCGGUGACAGAGGCAGAAACCCAAAAUCUCCUCAUCACGAACCGCAACUUGAAGCAUCGGUUUGAGGAAGCCAAGAAGGCCGAGAUGCAGGUCCGGAAAGACUCAGAGAAGAGUCGAGCUCUCGCAAAGAAGUGGGAAGCUGAUCUUUCUACCAAGCUCAAGAAGUUACGUGACGAGUCGAAGCGGCUCAAGGCGGACUUUGAAAUACUUCAAAAGGAGUUGGAUGGCUCCAAGGCAGAGCGCGACAAGUUGCGUGUUCUUCUUUGCGAGGCUGAAGUCAAGGAGCUCAACUCAAAGCAAAACAUGCAAUCUGUUGAGAUCCACAGUGCUGAGAUUGAUCGACUCAAGAGCGAGGUGGAGAGGCUGACAGUGGUUGAGAGGGACCACCAGGCCAAGGAGCUUGAGCGGCAGAGGGCUGUUAACACAGCAAUAGAAGCCGAGGGCAAGGUCGAGGCAUUGACGCUGCAGCUCGCCAGUCGCGACGCUGAGGUGGAACGCAGCAGGAAGUUAUUCCAAUCUCAGGUGGCGACACUACAAGCCAGACUGUCAGAAGCACAAGAAGGGCGGAGCCGAACUCCUCCUGUAGGAAAAGAAGCCAUCGAGGCCCUGCUCGCAGCGAGCCGAGAAAAGCAAGCUGAGCUGCAGAAGCAAUACGACCUCCUAAUGCGCAAGUACACAGCUCUCCAGUCGUCUUUGUUGGAUAUGCAGACAGGGGCGACGCCAGGGCAGCUCAGAAUCGAGACGUCAAAUGCAUCAGAAGGGGACGCCGAAAGCUUGUCCAUGUCGACAAGUCCGGUCAUGAUGAAGACACGACCACAGCGUGUGCUGUCGAGCCAGGAUGUGGAGGGCACAGCAUACAACGUGACGCCGCCUCUGGAUCAGAAACCAGGGACACCAUUGUCACCCAAGUCAAGUGGUUGGGCUCAUCGACCGGGGUCGCCGCUAGGGACGGACGGAUCUGCUUCGGGGUCGCUCUCGAUGAGUCCGGACCAGCGGUUUGGCCGUAGCGAUUCAGGACGGCUAAUGGCCAGGAGCCAUUCAGAUCUGUUUGCGAGCGCUUCACACAACAGGCUUCGCAAGGACUCGAAGGAUAAGGGACGAGAGGAGAGCGUUGCAAAAAAGGACAAGAAGCCGUCGGGUUUUAGAGGAAUCCGAGGGUUCGUAUAUGAAUCAGGAACAUGA